AUGGUAACUGGAGCUCUUCCGACUACUCCAACCGCGGCUCUGGAAACCCUUCUGGGUAUCCUCCCAAUCCACCUUAGGCUGAAAGAGGUGGCUCUUCAAUCUUAUCUGAGAUUGAGGGUCCGCGGUCAGUGGCUGAAUUGGGUUGGAUACGGUCGCGGUUUAAAGAAAAUCUCACACAUUGAGCUGAGCUCAAGUCUGGCUCAGAAGAUACCUGAGUUGGGCUUUCCUUAUGACUAUAAAUCUGCUAAACCUCCCGAGGCUCGUAAUUUUCAAAUACGGGUCGUCAACAGGGAGGAGUGGGUAGAUACGUACGACAACUACCCUGAACUACCAGGGCUCAUCUGUUUCACGGAUGGAUCCAAGGGCAAGAGUGGGUCUGGAGCAGCCUUCAUAAUUGGGGAAGGCGGCAAUUUCCUGGAAGGGGCUAAUGGCGUUAUACCCUUAGGUGGGUAUGCUACGGUCUUCCAGGCGGAACAGAUUGGGGUUCUCUCGGCGUGCGAGUACAUGUCAGAAAACUUGAGUCAACAUAAGGAGGUGAACAUCUUUGUUGACAAUCGCAGUGUCCUUGAUUCCCUUCUCAGUGAGCGACUUUUGUCGUCGCUCACUGUGGAGCUUCACAGGGCGCUGCAACAACUAAGUAUUCACACAGACAUUACCUUGCAUUGGAUCCCUUCUCAUCGGGGUUUAUGGGGUAAUGAAGAUGUGGACGAAUUCGCUAAAGAGGCUGCUAGUAUUACAACUUGCGAUCCAGAGCCAAUAAUCCCUGUCAAUGCAGCAAUUGGGAGAUUCGCCGUUAAACAAUGGGCUCAGUUUGAACAUCGGGUCUAUUGGUCGAAACUACUUAAUUGUAAGAAUUCAAAAUUGGCCCUGCCAAUACCGCACGAGGGUCUCAGUGGGAAAUCACUUGGGCCCACGAGGUAUGGCACUCAGAACAAUGAAAAGUUAUGUUGCAGACGGUUGCCGCCGAAAAUUCGAAAAUACAACAAGAUUCCAGUUCAAUUGUAA